AGCCGGCUGACGUCACCACGGCUGCAGGACUGGAGCAACUCGGCACCAAGAGCCACAGCAGCUGGGCUGCAAUCCCCGCCACCUCCUGUCCGUGCCGUGGGAAGACUCGUUGCAGCAGCCAGGAGCUUCCCGUCAUUCGUCACGGCGACAGACAUGGCCUCCGACGGCAUGGACGAGCGCUCUCCGCUGCUGUCGGCCCCCAACUCCGAGAACGUGACCCUCACGGCUCCCCCGUACCUGCAGGAUUCAAGUCCCCGAGCCGAACUACCUCCUCCUUACACAGCCAUCGCCAGCCCCGACGCUGGCGGCGUGCCCGUCAUCAACUGCCGCGUCUGCCAGUCCAUCAUCAACCUGGACGGGAAGCUGCACCAGCACGUUGUGAAGUGCACGGUCUGCAACGAAGCAACGCCCAUCAAGAACCCCCCUACGGGGAAGAAAUAUGUGAGGUGUCCCUGCAACUGCCUGCUUAUCUGUAAAGACACAUCCAGGAGGAUAGGAUGUCCUCGACCAAACUGCAGACGCAUCAUCAACCUGAGCCCGGUGAUGGUGAUUCCCGAAGAGCAGCCCGCCCAGCCGGCACUGCCCAUCCAACCUGAGGGGAUGAGAGUGGUGUGUGGUCACUGUGGAAACACCUUCCUGUGGAUGGAGCUUCGAUUUAACACGCUAGCCAAGUGUCCGCACUGCAAAAAAAUCUCGUCUGUUGGCAGUGCUCUCCCUAGGAGGCGCUGUUGUGCUUAUAUAACUAUAGGAAUGAUCUGCAUUUUCAUUGGAGUGGGUUUAACAGUUGGUACUCGGGACUUUGCCAGACGUUACAACGCCACCUACGUGUCCUGGGCGUUUGCUUACCUGCUGGGUCUCAUAUGUCUGAUACGAGCCUGCUACUGGGGGGCCAUCAAAGUCAGCUACCCAGAAAACAGCUUCGCCUAGACCUGGACCAGCUCAGCGAAGCCAGGCGUGGACGAAAGUGCAAAUUCCUCUUUUAUUUUAUUAUUUCUUUCUCUCCAUAUUCUUCAGAUUAUAGAGCAGCCAGGUUGAGUGCAGAAGCAAAGUGUGUAGGAGUGUUUGCUUGGAGAAACAUAUUUGGAGGAUAUGUCUCAUCGUUUAUGGUUGGAAGGUUUUUGAUCCUGCUGUCUGACCAAAGCUGGUCCAUGUUCAAACCCUGACCAAGACCUGCGGAUAACCAAGAGUGAGAAAACUUUAAAUCUGGAUUUUACCAGAUGUUUGAAAGAAUAUUUGGUUCAAAACUCUGGUUAAAUUGAACAGUUUUGGACCUUUCUUUGUCAGCAACAAGCAGUCUCUGUCUUCAUUUUUAUAGCCAGAUCCAAAUGAGACAACGCCCUCCCAUUUGCACUUCAUAUUUUAUGCAAAUAAAAUUGUUUUGCUGCUAGUAAAAUCCAGCUACUGAUAGUUGCACACUCAUACUCUGUUGCAACCACUCUGACAUAGUGUUAUGUUAUUUUAAUUCAGAAAAGGAUUGACUUUUAAACAUGAUUGUCAUUAUUUACCCACGCGUGCCAACUUUGCUGCCCAGUUUUAGUCUUGAAAAGUUUCAGAUAAAUACGUUUUUAUUAAAAUGUCAUUUUUGUUCUGUGCCUGCAGCUGUUAAAACCAUGUUAAAGCAAUAUCCUCUCCUGGUCAUUUUCUGAAACAGUCUUGUAAUCUGCUCUACUAUUCUCAAAGUAAUCCCAAAAAACGUGCAUGUUGCCUCCUUCCUGUCGCUGAGGUGGCGUCUUGCUCCGUUUCAGAGGUAGAUCAUGGCUGUGAGGUUCCUGGUUUUGCUCCACUGCCUGUGCGUUCGAAUGUAAACCUUCCUUCCUCCACUUAGAUCGCUGCUCUCCGACCUCCUGUGAACUCUGUGCUACGUCCCAUCUCUUUAUCUCCAGCGGAGGGCACAGUUUGAACCUUGUUUUGAAUGUGACGAUGAUGAUGAAGUAGGUAAAAUUUAGAAAAUACCCUGUACAUAGUUUGAUUUCAGUAAAGGUGAGCAAAGUCAGGCGGAAGGAAAAGAUGCUUCAUGAGUCUUUUUAAAAACAAAUAAUUUAUCAAUAAAAUGUUAAAAGUA